AUGAUUACUGUUCCCCUAGGAGAUAGAUUAGAAUGCUUCAAAAUGGAUGGCCAAUAUGUAGGAACACUCACCCUUCAUAACACCAAACCAAACAACUGUUGCGGUUUCAAAAUCAGAACAAACAAUACCUAAGACAUUUAAGUUAUGCCACACAUAGGAUCCUUUACAGGGUAACACUAUAAAAUUGUAGUUAAGUGUUAAAAAUUCCAAUCAAAUGCAAAAUUACAAGUUCUUACUGUGGAUCUAUCUGAUCAAAAUUUCAAUAAAACUGAUGUUAAAUCACUGGCCUCUUAUUUUGAUACAUAUUCCAAUAGCUCAUUUGUCGAAAAAAUGAAAAUAGAAAUAAUUACUAUCGAUUAAAAUUAAAUAACAAAAUAAUCUAAUACUGUUAAUCAAUCAAUCUCGUUAAAUAAAAACAUAGAAGAAAGCAUAUACAACCAAUAAGAUUUUGCUUACGAAUAAAAUACUUUGUUGAAAAAGAGUGAACAAAUCAAACAAUAGUAAAUUAGAAACUCAUACACAAACUCUGAUCCCUAACAAAGUGUUAGCAGAGUAUCUGCUUCCGAAUAAAGAUUUCUUACGUCAACUACAUUUUAAUAAGCUAAAUAAACUUCAUCUAAACAAUCCUCCAAUUCAUAAAACACCUUUCAAUUCGAUUAUCCUCCCCCAAAACCCUAAACAUACCCAUAUUAACCACAACAACCAAAAGUGCAUAAUUAUUAAGAAAAAGAUUUUGAAGAAGACCCUUAAAUCUAAAAAUUAAAUCUUAAAAUACAUUAAUUGUAACUAGAAUUCAAUAAACAAUCUGAAGAACUCUAAAAUAUUGAAAAAACAAAAGCAUCAUUAUUAUCAUAAGAAUCAGAUUUGAAUCAAGGUUAAAUCUAUGUAGGUGUCUAACACAUUUUUUUUUCAGCUUUAAUUUGUUUUUUAAUUGGUUAUGUAGCAACGAAUUGA